AUGCAGAUGUUGUUGAAAGAGUAUGAGGACAUGUUCCAAGAGCCCUCAAGUUUACCACCUACAAGCGAGGUGGAUCAUUGCAUUACGCUAAAUGAAGGGACGGAGCCAAUUAAGGUAUGUCCAUACAGAAAUGCCCACUUUCAAAAAGCAGAAAUUGAGAAACAGGUCCAAGAAAUGUUAGAUUCUGGGCUCAUUCGUCUUAGCACCAGUCCUUUCUUUUUGCCGGUACUACUUGUGAAGAAAAAAGAUGGUAGUUGGCGAUUUUGCACAAACUACCGCACACUUAACGUUGCCACCAUCAAAGAUCGUUUUACCAUUCGAACAGUGGACGAUAUGUUGGAAGAAUUAUAUGGUGCCACUUACUUCACCAAAUUUGAUCUGAGGGCCGGCUAUCAUCAAGUAAGAGUAAAUCCUCUCGAUGUUAUUAAAACUGCUUUCUGGUAUUACAGGAAGUUUGUUCAAAACUACGGCAUCAUAGCUCGACCCCUGACCAAACUGCUCAAAAAGGGAAAAUUUGACUGGCAUGAUGAAGCUGACGCAGCCUUCCUGGCUCUCAAACAAGUAAUGAAAACCACUCCAACGUUGGAAAUGCCUAAUUUCAAUGACUCUUUCACCAUUGAAACCAACGCAUUAGGAGAAGGGAUUGUCGUAGUUUUAUCGCAGCAAGGCAAGCCCAUUGCAUUUAUGAGUCGGGCACUGGGCUUGUGGUAUUUUUUGGAGAAGUGUGUGGCUACACCGGAACAACAGAAAUGGGUUGUCAAGCUAAUGGGCUAUGACUACGAGAUCAUUUACCUCCCAGGCCGUGAGAAUUCAGCAGCAGAUGCCCUCUCACUCAAAUCUGGUAGCCCAGUUCUUCAUCAUCUGCAUGUGCCAGAGGUAAUUGUAUGGGAUGAGAUUAAAAAAGCUUAUGAAGGAGACUCUUACAUCCAGUCCUUAACUCGCAUGGAAAAUGCACAACUAGAAGGGCCAUAUGCAUGGUGUAAUGGAUUGCUCUUAUUUGAAGGGACGAUGGUCAUCCCUUCUUAG